ACUUAUGGAUUCAGGAUAACGACGUUCGACGUCCAUUAUCCGUACUGUGCCCUACUUUAUGAGCAACUUUGUGCUCGGGUUUCUAUAGUUCUUGAUAAUAGUCGAAGUUAAGAUGUACUGCGCGAUAAUCUUCUCUGAAAUAAGUUACGGUUGUUCGAACUGACAAGAAAACCGCAAAAAUUGCGGGCAACUUGGACAACAACCAUGGUGGAUAAAUAAUGUUUCAUUGAUAAGAUUUUCUUGAAACGGCAACUUAAGAUAUUUUAACGCUCCAAAAAAAGGUUCCAUUGUGUCUGUCUUACUUUUGCUGGAACAACAAGCUGAUUAGUAAUGCAGAUUUUGAUGAAAGGAUUUCUUGAUUCGUAUCAAGCCUAUGAGUUCAAUAUCUUGGAUCAAAGAGUUUGCUUUAACUAAGUAAAUAUCCCAAUUUUGUUUCUUAAAAAGAAGUGAUAUAGGUGCCAAACAUGACAUCCAUUGCAAUGGAGGAGUACGAGCUCAUGAAUGACCCAAAAUAUCGGGUGUAUGUUUCACAUGUGGAUAAGGCAUUGAAAAAUUUUGAAUCGACAAGCGAAUGGGCAGACUUGAUAUCUGCCCUUGGAAAGCUUAACAAAGUAUUGUCAAGUCAUGCAAAAUUUCCUGUCAUUCCAAGGAGAAUUAAAAUUUCAAAAAGAUUGGCACAAUGCAUGCAUCCUGCUUUACCAUCUGGGGUUCACUUGAAAGCCUUGGAUACUUACGAUAUUAUUUUCAAGUGUAUGGGUACCAAUAGACUCAGCCAUGAACUGUUUAUCUACAGUGCAGGUCUCUUUCCACUACUGGGUCAUUCUGCCAUGAAUGUGAGGCCUUCGCUUCUGAAGGUUUACGAAACACAUUUUGUACCAUUGGGGGAGAGGUUACGUCCUGGUUUGAGUGGAUUUUUAAGCGGAGUCCUUCCAGGAUUAGAGGAAGGUUCCGAUUACUUCGAAAGAACAAACCUGUUGUUAGAAAAAGUAUGCGAGGGUGUAGGUGCAGAACAUUUCUAUAGUUGCCUGUGGGGCUGCUUGUCAUCAAACUCUGUCAUUCGGUUUCCAGCCAUAUCAUUUGUAUUAGCUCAUUUUAAUAAAAAAUUUUCCAUGGAGGAACAGUCAUACAUCAUGGGCCUUAAUUCUGACACAAUGGUUGCAGCACUUUGCACCGGUGUCCAAGAUAGUUCCGUUUUGGUUCAGAGGUGCUCUUUGGAUUUUCUACUAGUCGGUUUCCCAAUGCACAGUAGUUAUUUGCAACAUAAAGAUAUGGUGUUGCUUCUUACCGCUGCUCUAGUCACAAUUCUUAGGCGGGAUAUGAGUUUAAACAGACGCUUAUUCGCAUGGCUCCUGGGAACUGAAGUAAAUACAUCGAUCCUUAAAAAGACGCUGGACUCCACAGCUACAAAUAUUCCUACAACGUACUUUGACACGUACUCCAAAGAAACAUUGAUUGAUAGCAUAAAGUUCACGCUUAGAACGGUAACAGAGGAAAAUCCGAAAGACCUGAAGCCAUAUAAGAUAUUGAAUUCUUUAAUGGAUAAACUCGACAUCGGUCCUGUAAUUCUUGACGAUAUUCUACAUGACGUGUUUAGGACUUUCCUAAAAGCAUGUGGGCAGUCGGAGAAAAGUCCUAAAUCCAACGAAGUAGUGAAGUCGGCGAAUCUCUUAUUUUCCACUUUGGAGCCGUCUUAUGUUUGGACCUAUUGCGGAUGUUUGUUUGAUAAGGCAUGUGAGAGAAGAGAAAAAGGUCAGGAAGAAGACCGAGCAAAAACACCUAACUUUUCCGCUCUCCAGGCCGUCGGUAGCGGUUUUCCAGGAUUGACGGAAGUCUGUUUACUCACGGAAUUUCUUCUAGAAACUGUAUCUUUAGAUGCUUUCGUGGAUACAUCUUCUGAACAUCUUCCCAGGCUUUUUUAUCAGAUAAUAAAUCGAACGUCAGAUCUUCUUGACAUUUUACAACCUACUGAGAUUUUAAAAUGUCUCAAUCUUUGUAGUCGAAUAUUAUCCAAGGUGCAGCCAACUGUGAUUAGUCCUUACACGGACAAAUUGUCAGAUCCACAGAAUAAAAUAAAUCCGGAUGUUAAUCAAAUUGGAUCACAAAAUGAAAAGCUACAGGUGUCAACUGCCUUGGAAAAAAGUCAAUCCGACAGCAAGUUAAAUAAAGCGAAGGAUUUGUUGAAUAGUACUCCAACUUCUACCGGAAGGAGUCCUAGUCCGAGAAGACGGGCUAAUUCCGGUAGCGCGGCUAAAAAAAGUGAGAGGAAAUCGAAAAAGAAGAUAGCUAGUAAAAGUACGUCGAAGCUAAACGAGAACUAUACAAUUCAGGCUGAUGGUACUAGCAUUUCUGUCAUAGUAAAUGAUGAGAAGUCAUUGCCACGAAAUAAAAGUAUGGAUGACAUAAAAACGAAGCCCAACGAAAAGGAUGGUUGUGAUUCACCAAGAGAUGAUCCAAUGGCCAAAUCUUUAUCUGACUCUAAUACCAUAGGAACAUCCAAUAGAAGUCCAUCUUCUGCGCUUUGGGCCCAACGAUCCAUUAUUGAAAAAUGUUUACGACAAUACGAAUUGUUUUAUGUAAAAUUAAUAAGUAACAGAAUUCUCGGUAGGGAAAAAAGAACAGUUUCAGAUAUGUUUAAUGAAUUGCGAAAUCCUCACCCAAGGGAGACUUUUGAUGAGAGAACAAAUUAUUUGGAACAACUUUUAUGCUCAAGACUUAAUUCUGAGGUUUCAAUUCCCCAUUAUGAGGACAAUGAAUUUACCAAACCAGAUGGAUAUGACAUUGAUAUUUCACGUUUUUGCAUCGAGUCAGUGUUACUUUCCAACUGGGACGAAGUCCUAAAAGUCUCUUCGACUUUAUUCGUCGAAUUAUCCACGUUUCCGACAUACUUCCUUCCUGCCGAUGGAAUUUUUAUCAAAGAUGAGCCUGACGACCAGAAAAACGCUAUUCUGCCAGACUGGUUGAAGGCUCUGGUAGUCUGUGCUUGUUGGCUUGGAAGACAUCCGGCUUUGCAACUCACCAGCAUGGCAACAUUAUUAGAUUUGAUUGCUCUCUUAAAAACACACACUGAAGUAAAGCCUCACCCUAAAAAUGAAGACGGAGUUACGACUGUUGUUAUGAUGCCUAUGCUCAAAGAGUGGCAUCUUAACUACUUAAUGAAACGUACCAACGUUUUUCAGAUACUGGCGUAUUCUUUGUGGUGUCACCUCGGUGAGCUACCAGCCCAUAAAUUUCGUAUGAGAUGCGUGGAACUUUUGCAUGAGUUGCACCAUGCAUUGCAUAGCUCUUGUGAUGCCGUUGAAGACGUAAUAGGUUGUGCCUUAACUUACGAAGGUUCAGAGAAAAGGCUCGAAGCAUUCUACAGGUUUGCAACCUUAUGGCACCUUGGCCGUGACGUGGAAACCAAUCCCAGACUUAGGGGUUGUUUGAGGACAUUUGACAAGUCAUUACUGAAAAUGUUGGACAACUUGCAGCUCUCUGAUAAUUCACCGUUAAAACUUCAUGCUCAGUCUUGGCUUCUUCAUUCUCUAGUCCGGGGAGAUAUCUCUCGAAUUGUCGAUCCUGUGUUGACGAUCCUUUUGGACCCUUCAACGUGUCGCGUCAGCGUCCUUCACGUAAGCAUACAGCACAGCAAUACGAUCAUGACAAGAAACGAACCCAUUGAGGACAAAUCUGAGAUUCAGGACGACGUGGAAGGUGCCGCUAAGAUCUAUGCCAUCAGUUCAGUCGACGGAAACGUAAUUUAUCACGUUAGCGAGUCCACGGACGAUGACUCGAAAUUGAAACGCGGCAAGAAGAAAAAGCCCUCCAUAAAUCCUGUGAAAGUGAAGCGAAUCUUCGCCGUAACGACUUUAGCGUCGUGUAAUAACGGCAUGAAUUACGUUACAGAGAGGAACCAGUUUAUGAAGGAGCUCGAAGUGCCUGCGAGCAUAUCCGGCAGUAGGAAUUUCUCUGUCUUCGUAAAUCCUUUGUCAUUAAACUGUAAUGCCAAUUCGAAUGAAUCCCUGAACGAAGAAGAUUGCUUGGUCGGUGUAAAAAAAACGAGUCUCGGCAGCGAUUUGCUGAAAAAUGCAACGAGAUUUAAAGGCACAAUUUUCGAUAAGGGCUCGAGCGCUAGCCUCGACGAAAGUCUUUUUGAGUCAGCUACGUCCAGUUCUAAGAUCAAGGAAAAAAGUACAACUAAAAAAUCUAACGGAGAUGCCGAGUCUUCUCUAGACUCUAUCACGAAUAGCUUCGACUCGAGCAGCCCUGAAGCAGCAGAUGGACAAGCCAAAUUUCACAAGGACGCAGUCUUAUCUGGCAGCUCUAGAGAAAUUGCUGGGUGUUUCGUGAGAGGAAGAUAUCACAGCGCAAAUGAAUUUUCCACCUCUUAUGAUAUGCAUGAUACGGUGGGAAGUUUCGAAGCCGCUGCCGAAGUGCCCAGCUGGACCAUGGGGGAAGACGAAGGGGAUCAAGAUCGUAGUACUACUGCUGACGAGCAUUUAGGGAAUUCGGGAAGCGCUAGCGCUGUCGAAGACGUUCUUAAUGAAGUCAUGGAUAGGGUUAUGCUGAAACUUUACGAAAUCGAGCCGAAUAAAACGCUGGAUGAAUCCAUUCGGUCGGACGUAGGAACAAAACGAAAUUCCGGCGUUGGAGUUCACAAUCUUCAUUCGCACAUGCUUUUGUAUUGUGGCGUGUACGAUUCAUCCCGAACGCUUUAUGCAUUGCGAACACUUAGGAACGAAUUUUUGACGAAUACAAGAAUGUUUCUAUGCUCCGCUGCAACGACUGGUGUAACGAGUAAUGCAAAAAAUACUACUUUGCUUCACUUACUGGCUAGACAUAGAAAAAGCGUGUUUGGCAGGAGUUUUUUUGGCGACGUAGCCAGCACGGAAUUCAUAACAGCAUACAGAAGCAGUAUGUACCUAGAGGUUUUGAUCAGUGUGUGCCUUUAUUUCGCCAGAAGUUAUUACCCUAACUUGGGCCAGAUGAGAUUAACAAAGGAAGAAAUUUCAGGAAACAGGCAGGUUCAAUUAGCUAGCUGUGAACUCCUGACUUUAAUAUUUUCCGAGUUGAUUGCAAUAGUACGCGAUUCGGGAAAAGGAUUCAGUUGUUACAUAGUCGAUUUGUUAGCAAAAUGCAAAGUACAGAAAGUGACUCUUCACUGUCUUUUAUCCACGGUACUCAAUAUGAAGACAGUGCAGAGAGAGGGCCACGAUGUUUUCACGUUUACAGAAGAAAUAGUGUCAUUUAAUGAUCCUGUACCCGAGGGUGACACGAACAAGUGUAAAUAUCGUUCAAGUGAUCACACCGAAGCACUCCAGAUCCAAUUGUUGAGGUUACUCUUGGCACUGAUAAUGUUAGAGCAUCAAUGUGGGAUACAAAAAGGAGAUGAAGUUGCUCUUGUUACUCAACAAACCCCACCAACUCCUACAAAAUCACCACCGAAUCUGACUGGAAAUACAUUAAAGUAUGUGGCCGGUGCACCUAUACCUCAACAGCCAAUGUUUUUGGCCAGCAUUCUUAGUGCUCUGCAAUUGGAUCACAUGAGACACCUGCAUCAACACUGGACGACUUUAGUUACAUCCAGUCUUCCCUUCAUGGAAUCAUCGUUAACGAUUCUCGUUACUUCUGUCAUACAUCAGCUGUGUUGUAAUGUUGAGCACUUAGCCUCGUAUUAUGUCAGCGAAAGUACAGCCGUAACGUUUAGAUUACAAGAUAUAAGUACUUUGGAAUGUUGCUUACCAGCGGAUUAUACGAUCACGCAGUUGGAAGCCCUGACCUUUUUAUUGCAUUACUGUCUUUUGGACACUUCUCAGCAAAUCAGUUUUUCAUUUAAUCAACCUACGAAUGGAACCAUUCAAGCAGGUGUCCCUGGGGCAAAUCCAGGACAGAUAUUUAAUAAUCUAAUUCACGUUUUCAUGCCGAGCCCAUUCUUGCCUGAACUCGGUAAUCAGAAGGACAAAGGGACCACAAAUGAGCAGUACUUGCAAGCUAGAAGAUCAGCUCUUAGCCACUUACCUAGAAUAAUAGCGUCGCUGUCGACACUCUGGCAAGCACUUCAUGUCACGAAAGAGAACGAGCAACCUAAUGGCGUUAUCGGCAGUCCCAGAAUGGUGAGGCACCAACUCUUGGAACUUCUGUCCCCGAUAUCUUUCCACCAUGGAGUCAACUUCCUCGCUGCUGUAGCUGUGGCUUGGCAUGAAAGACGACAACCUUCUCUUAACUCGAAAAAAGUUCUACCGGAAGUUUCUUCGGAUCAACAAGUUAUGGUAGAUUUAGUGAGUGCAAUUCGAGUUAUGCCCAUCGAUACUCUAGUGCAAACGGUUCAUCAAGUUGUCAAAGCUCCGCCUCCUAUUCAAGGCAUUAAGCAAGACUUUUCAUUGGAAGUCUCCUUGUUGGAGCUGUUAUACGUUUAUAUGCAAAGUAAUACUUCUCAGUCACUCGCGGAAUCUUGGACAUCUUUACAUGGCCUGUUGAAAGAUGGACUGUCAUUGACAGCGCCUGCUCAAUUUCUUUUACUAGCUGUCUUGCACGAGUAUAUACAAAAAUGCCCACCGAUGUUAGAAAAAAAAGACAUUCGAGAUUUACAAGACAUAUCGGCUAAGUUGGUAGAGUCAUGUUCGCAAAUUGCUGGGGCGUGUUUGGAACAGACUAAUUGGCUGCGCAGGAAUUUGGCUGUUCGAGAAGACGUUUUUGAAGUAGCAGAUGGAUCCGCCGAAGGAUCUCCAGGUACUCCGCCGAAUGCAGCAUACAGUGUUCAAGCGCAAGCUGUACUGGCGGAAAUAUUGGCACCCUUGUUGGAUGUCAGUUACGGAUCACAGGAAAAAGAAAGGGUAGUUACUUUGUUGACUAACCUUAUGUACAAUAUCACGCCGUAUCUGAAGAAUCAUACAGUAAAAAAUAUUCCUUCGUUCACUGCCUGCUCACAACUACUUAGUUCGUUAUCAGGCUACCAAUAUACCAGAAAAGCCUGGCGGAAAGACGUCCUCGAUUUGUUACUAGAUUCUGCAUUUUUCCAAAUGACCCCCCAGUGCCUACCUCAUUGGAGGACAAUUAUUGAUAAUCUGAUGACGCAUGAUAAUACGACGUUUGGAGAUCUUAUGAAUCGAGUAUCCGUCACUCCAAGCAGCAGUAUCAGCUUGUUUUCUUCGAAAGAGCAGGAAUACGAACAAAGAGCGCAGCUCUUGAAAAGGCUAGCUUUCGUUAUUCUUUGCAGCGAAAUGGAUCAAUACCAUAAAUACAUGCCGACGAUUCAAGAACGUUUGGCGGACAGUUUGCGCUUACCCCAGGUAAUUCCAUCCAUUCAAGCGCAGGUAUUUCUAUGUUUUCGUGUCCUGCUCCUAAGAAUGUCGCCUCAACAUGCGACUUCGUUGUGGCCGGUAAUUGUUAGCGAAUUAGUGCAAGUGUUUUUGCAUAUAGAACAAGAGUUGAGCACUGAUACCGAAGAAUUUAGUCGUCAGAGCAGUUCCCAUAUAAAGCUUUUAUCCGCACUGGAUUCAUCAUGGGCUAUAAAUGCAAGUAAUGGACUUCAAGCACACGGUCAUCCACAUUGGUUACAGUUGCAACUAGCAGCUGCAAAACUGCUAGAUUUGGCUUUGUUGUUGCCCGCAGACAGAUUACCUCAAUUCCAGAUGUACAGAUGGGCUUUUGUUGGUGAUAAAGCGGCAGAGAGCACUGGAGUCGAAAGCAAUAAUUUAUCUUCGGAUUUUGUUCCACAUAUAACAAGGAUAGCAAAAUUAAUGGAUUUUAAGUAUCAGGAGGCAACACCUUUGACAAGACCCCCAGGCGAACUUUUGUUGACGUCUGCCGGUAUAAGUUCUCUCCAAGAUUUACAUCCUUUUUUCACCUCUCUGAGCCGCAGAAAUGAAGAUUGUCAAACACCUGUAAAUUUGAUUCAGCUGGAAACUGUGAUCGAACGAGAUUUCCUUGACAAGAUGAUUAGUGUACCAACAAGAUAAUAAGAAGAGCGAAGUAUUCUUAUCACAGAAAGGCCAUUUGCAUGAUCGUCAAAGAAACUCCCACACGACAAAUAUAUUGUUAUUUAGGUAUUGAAGAAAUACCUCGCCAUUAACAACACACGUACGCAACUGUAUCAUAUUUAAAAUUCAAAUAUCAAUACACUUUGGAAUGAUACUUACGCUUUAUUCGACAUUAGUAAACGAAGAAAUUCCACUAACCAAUACUUUUGGAUUUUAUUUUCUCAUUUCUGUUUUCAAAUUAUUCUGAGUACUCACAAAAAUGUCUAAUCACUCUGUACAGCUUGACUAUGUAGGUAAUGUGGCGAGGUAUCAAUCUUUGUUAUUUUUACGAAUACACGUAUUCACAUAUGAGUGUCGUGGCAGACACACCUUUCAGUCAUGAUUUCUACAAAGACGUUACACUAUAUAUCUAUGUNAUGUUAUACUGCAUAAGUUACCUGUAACUGAUAACCAUUUAAUUAAUUUUAUGUCAUAUUGGUUAAUUGUUUCGACAUGAAAUGUAUUAAUAAAUUCAUCAAAUACGCCCGUCAUUUUUGAUUUUCAGGGUACAGCUAUAAUCACAAUCAUAGCAAUUAUGAAGAAAACGGAUUGCUUUCCCUGAAAUCAAAGAUAACGGCAGAAACAAUAAUUGCAGAAGCCUAAAAUCACACAUACACACACAUACACACACUGUAGUCUUGUCAUGAAAAAUAUUGAAAAUUUAAGAGUCUCUAUGUUCCGGAAAACAUUUUUUCUUUACACAGGAUGGAAGUUUACAAAAAUCGUUAGUUUUCUUUUUAAAAAAAUAUUUUAUGAAAUCUGCUGCACGUUUCAGUUUAAAAACUUCUAAUUACGUCAUCUCAUUUGGUUGUGAUAACUUCCAAACGGUGCCUGGUCCUCUGAGCUGAUAUUCACUUGAAUUAGAUUUUGCGAUUAUUCAUAUGCGAAUGCCCAGUUUGUAAUAAUGUAUGUACAUCCUUAGAAAUUAUUGUAGUCUCGCAUCAGCAAAAAACUGAUGAUAUUGUUAUUUUUCCUUGUGUCUUCUCGUGUACUUUGGAUAGUAUGUACAAUAAUACAAAUGCAUGAUAAUUGUUAAGAAUAAGGACUGAGUUAGAAACAUGAUUUAUUUAAUUUAGCAUUUGUUGUUUACCGAUUCCUCGGAACUUGAUGUGGAACAUUGACGUAAACAUGUCAUACAUUGGUAUUGAGCUGAGUUUUGAAAAUUAGGUAGUUUAUCUGUGAUCUGGCGAAUUAAAAAUUUGAUUACACUUUCGCGCAAGGUUUAGGGAGGAAACUAUUUUUGUACGUAGACGCUAAUGAAACUGAGAUACAUAAUGUAUUUACCUACGUCUAAUACUACCGAUAUUUUAUCAAUACACUACAAUUCGUGUGGAGCAAGUUCUUGGACUGCUUGAAAGUACACACUGAUGAUCAUUCUGUCGUUCUUCAUUAAUUAAAUUAUUUUUUGUGAUUUUAUAUUGAAAAUUCUCGUUAAUAAAAAAAUUGAAAUCGU